UUGUUCAUGUGCGUCUGCAUGUGUGGAAAAUUUCUUAAUACAUGUGUGGUCAUCAUUUCUUUAACAGGCAGCAGUUCUAACAGUUCUGAUGAUUAGAUGUUUUUGUUCUUGCUAUCUCCUGCUAGGAGGCUGCCACGUUAUCGAGGGCAGAGCAAAGCAUUUCUUUAUUGGAAGCAAAUGUAUGAUAAUUAUGAUCACAAUUAUUCCUACACGUUUUGACUCAAAACCCCCUACUUGAACAAUAGUUGCACAAACUAUUAUCCUUGAAAUCUGAUUUUCAAACUAGUUAUUGAUCAAUUCUUUGUCUCAAUGUAAUAAUAUGAUGAGGCGAUUAAAUACUUACAUCGUUUCACAAUCAUAACGGCCCACUGAGGAAAACCGUAUCGACAAUGUGGCUCACGACAAAUAUAAUUUUGACACCCCCGGUUUUGACAUUAUUGUUCUCUGCAUGUAAACCUCAAGUGCACCCGACUGAUGUAUUUACAGUUGGGGGGCGGUGUCGUUGGGUUGUAGCACACAAAAAAAAUUGUUCCCGCAUGUUUCACAUUAAAAAAUAAAAAAGUUCUGGCCACUGUCAGUACUUUUGCCACCUCCGGUUUAAAGUGGGUACUGAUGCGUUCUGAGCCCAGUCCCCAAAAGGUAGGAGGGACUGGAUGGACCAAACCAUUUUUGAGCUGUGCGGAAGAAACUGUGACGUCUGACUCACGUCACGCUGGAAAGCGCAGGAGCUGAGUGGCGAACAACGGUGGCAACCGUUAUACGGGGUGACAUCGGGCAAACAAGGCGCCAAGAGCCGCGUACGUUUUGCACGCAUUUAGCAAGGCUAUGAAUUCCCCUGAGUAUGGGGACACUUCAGAUGAAAAAAUGCUUGUAAAAGAACACAAGCAUGUUAAAAAAGUCAAGACUGAGGACUUUGCUUGUUGUGAGGCACCUGGAGAUCAUGGUGGAGGAUCUCCUGAGACCCAUGAGGCUGGUAAAAGAACGUCUUCAAAAAUGGAACCACACUUCAAGCAGCUGUCUAGUGGCAAAAGAGUCAAAGUUGCAGGAGAGAUGAGGCAGCCGUUGCCAGAUGAGAGCAGCAGACACGACCCUCUGUGUCUCAGCACAAGCGGAGAGACGAGGGAAAACCUCUGUGGCGAAUCCAGAAUUUCUUACAGGAAGCCUCUCUUCAGUAUCUCCCACAGAAUCUUAGAGAAGAAGAACACACCGAAUCUAGAGCAGCAAGCAGGCCAAUGUACUGGAAAUCAGCUGAACUGCAGCAACCUCUUCUCCUCCACUCUCCUAAAUUUCCAGGAAAAUGGCUUUUCGGAGGCUUUUCCUAGUGAAGACAAUUCAGGUCAAGCGUGGUCAAAAGACUCAAACAUUUACCCUUUAAUUGAAAAAAUGUUUUUCAUUCUCAAUAGCCUCAGUUCCAGCAUGAGUCAUUUGCACAGCAAAGUGGACCUGUUGAGUCUGGAAGUCAUGCGAAUUAAGGAGCAGAUCAAACCGGUUCAGAUGGUGGCAGAGUUCCAGCCUCCUCCUGAGUAUCUGCUCACAAGUGAAGAGUUGAACCCUCUCAUGGAGCAGACAUCCAGUCCUGGAGAGCUGGGAUGUCGCUUACUCGUGCAUCUUUUCCCUGAACUGUUCAAAGCCAAGGAGUCCUCCCAUGAAUGCAUGACAAGCAAAAGAUCACUGGAGUCUUUACAUUUGCAGCUGAUCCGCAACUACGUAGAGGCAAGCUAUCCCUCAGUCAAGAACAACAGUGUUUGGAAGGGAGAGUGCCUCCCUCAGAUCAAUGAGUUUUUUAAUCGCUUCUGGGCCCAAAGAGAUGUGGAGAGCGCUCGGCUGCUCAGGAAACAGACUAUGGUGGGAGACGGAAUAAAAGCAGAGCAUUCCCCAACCUAUCUUUUCAUAAAUGAGCAGGGACGAGAGGAGCACCUCUCUCAAGACAACCAGCAGGGCAGCUUGGUUGGAAUGUUCAACGAUCAAGCCACGGAGGAGCUGGACGAGCUCUCCUCCCCGGAAGACUUUGUCAUUUUCCUCAUGCAUCGACUCUUCCCUGAGCUUUUUGAAGAGGGUAAUAAAGUUCCAGAGGCCUUAAAUAGUUUAAACAGUGUGGGUCAGCUGAUUCUAGACUCGGACAGGAUGGAAAUCAUCAAAAAGUAUAUGGAAACAAAUUUUCCAAAUGUGCCUGAGGAGAGCUGGCUUCAGGUGUGCAUUCAGCAUCUGGAGGAUGCCCUUGAAGGUCCUCACAGCAAUGGUAAUGGAAGUGAACCUGAAAACAUGAAUGAUGAAAGCUACGAUCCAGUGAGCAUGUCCGAGGAUGUUUCUGUCCUGAGGAUUCCGGAAAUAUGUGACAAUGAAAGGCCCUCGCGCAAGUCCAAAAAGACGCUGCUAUCACCUAUAGAUUUUGACAAUCUGGAGAUCCCCAUACCAGACUUCACUGUUCCCCGUCAGUUUCUCUUGUCCAAGGAGCAAUUGAAGUAUAAUUAUGAAUGUAGUUUGUCGAUUGGGAACUUUGCCUCCCGGCUGCUGGUGCUCAUGUUCCCUGAGCUCUUCACCCAUGAGAACAACCGGAAGCUGUACAAUUGCAGCGGUUCACUCGGGAAAAAGCAGCUGGAUCCCCUUCGUGUCAACCUGAUCCGCCAUUAUGUGCAGUUAGUCUACCCACGGGCCGGGAAUGACCGAGUGUGGAUGCUGGAGUUUGUGGGCAAACUUGAUGAGAGGUGCCGGAGACGUGACACAGAGCAGAGGAGAUCCUACUUGCAGCAUCGCAAAGUGUAUGGUCAAGAUGCAGAGCCAGACUUUUUCCUGAACCACAUCCACCCAGACAGCCUGAAGGAGGAUUCGGAAAUUCCCACAUUACCUCCUGAGAAAAGCAGUAAAGACUUUUGCAAAAUUCCUCUCGAUGAACUGACCAUUUCUAAACCUGACUUCCCAGUUCCACCAGCUUACCUGCUCUCAGACUUGGAGGUUCGUGAAAUAGUCCAGCAGUCUCUCUCUGUUGGCAACUUUGCCGCCCGACUGUUGGUGCGCCUCUUCCCCGAGCUCUUUACGCAGGAAAACCUGCGAUUGCAGUACAACCAUUCAGGGGCCUGCAACAAGAAGCAGCUGGACCCGGCACGCCUCAGACUGAUCCGCCACUAUGUGGAAACUGUGUAUCCUGUGGAGAAAAUGGAAGAAGUGUGGCACUACGAGUGCGUGCCAAGCAUCGAUGAACGCUGUAGGCGCCCCAAUCGGAAAAAAUGUGACAUCCUCAAGAAGGCCAAGAGGUCAAAUUCUGUGUUGUAGUGGCAGCCCUCCCAAGAUAAACACAUCAUUUUUGCACAGCAUAUAAGCUCAACUUUACAAACCUGUCCUUCUUAGGAUGAAGCCAACAACCUGUCACAUUUCUUAUGUACAACUCCUAGUCCUACUUAAACUAGGCAACAGCUCUAGAUGUAUGACUUGUACUAGUCUUGUUGGAUAAACACUUUCAAAAGCCUCUAUUUAAAAAAAACUACAACUGUCAUAGCUUAUCUAACAUUGUUGGAGCCCUCAAAAAUAAUAAGGGUAGUUGAGUACAUACUUUUCUAUAUGAACAGAAAUUGUUUCACUUGUUUUAUUAACAUGCUUAUAUUAAGCCUUGUUAUAGCGGUUUAUAUUAUAGAAAUAUUAACUUGACAGUGAUCCCUUAUUUCUAAUAAAAUCACAUGACAUUGCGGGAGUUUUACACUUUAAUUCCUGGACAUUCCGUUUCAGGCAUUUAUUGAGCUUGCGUUAUACCUCAUAAACUCCUUAUUUGGAUACC